CGUCGUAUAUUUACAAAUGGUCGCGAAAGAUGGAGACAGCAGAACGUUAACGGUGCAUUUGCAGAGUUACGGAAAUUGGUUCCAAGCCAUCCUCCUGACAAGAAACUUAGUAAAAACGAAAUACUCCGAAUGUCAAUAAAAUAUAUCAAACUUUUAAACAAAGUUCUC